AUGUAUGCGUGAUAAGUUAUUAUAUAUUUAUAGUAGGAGAUAAAUUUAAAUGUGUAAAUAUCUGUAUUUGAUCUAUAAAAAUGAUGAAUAAUGCGAGAAAAUCAUAAAAUCAGUACCAGUUAAUUUCAAGAAGUCUUCACGUACAACCUGUGAUACACCACAGCCAUAGAAAUUAAAGGCAGCGUCCACACUUUCUAAACUAAACAAUAAUAAUAAUAAUAAUAAUAAUAAUAAUAAUAAUAAUAAUAAUAAUAAUCAACCAUAAUUAUAGAUAAAUAAAUUGUAAUGACAACAAAAACUAUCGCUUUCUGUGACUCGAUCCGACAUUAAUGUAAUAAUAACCAUUGUCAACAAGCCUGCCAUUUACUCUAAAAACAACAAGAAAGGAAGAAAACGCCAAAGAAUCUUCACAGAUCCAAUCAAUUUUGAAUUAAUCAAUCAAUAAAUCAAAGAACCAAUCAUCUCACCACGUUGCUUCUCUUAUUUAAAACUGAAUCUGAUCUAAAACCCCAUUAUAGUUAUUUCUUCAUUCAUUCAUUCAUACCUUUUAGGUUUCAUAUCCAAAACCCCAAUUAAUCCUUUCCUUCACUCACGUUCUUGCCAGCAGGUCGACUUUCUGUCUCUCUCACCCAUCCCAUUUAUUACAAAAUCAAUCUUUAAUUUGGUAUUAUAUGUAUGUACAACUCGCCAAUGUUUAAGUUUAGCUUUUUGUUUGGGUAAUCAGUUAGUGGAAUCCCAUGUUGUUUCUUUGCUGGAGAAUCGAUUUUCAGUUCGAGAUGGGUUUCUGAGAUUUCUUUGGUUUUUUUUGUCGUUGAUGUAUAUCUUCACAUUCCAAAUCUCCAUUGCUGAUAUAUAUAUAUAUAUAUAUAUACAUUCUUGAUGAGCAUCAGUGAGUAUUAUUAUUAAUUCAUAUAUAUAUAUAUAUAUCUGAGUUUGAUUGUAAGAAAGAUCUCAGUCGAUUAAUCCAACGAUCGACAAUGAAGGGAGCUGUGCUGGUUGCAAUUGCUGCCGCCAUUGGCAACUUAUUGCAAGGAUGGGAUAAUGCUACCAUAGCUGGAUCCGUCCUAUACAUCAAGAAGGAAUUCGAUUUACAGAGUCAGCCCACCAUCGAAGGCCUGAUCGUCGCCGCCUCGCUUAUCGGCGCGACCGUGAUCACGACAUUUUCAGGAUCGGUCUGCGACUGGCUCGGCCGGCGCCCGAUGCUAAUCGUCUCAUCCAUCUUAUACUUCCUAAGUGGACUGGUAAUGCUGUGGGCACCAAAUGUGUAUGUCCUCCUUCUUGCAAGGCUCUUGGAUGGAUUCGGGAUUGGCCUCGCCGUAACGCUUGUGCCUGUCUACAUAUCGGAGACGGCACCGCCUGAAAUCAGAGGCCUUCUCAAUACCCUGCCUCAGUUCACGGGCUCUGCCGGCAUGUUUUUGGCCUAUUGUAUGGUUUUCGGGAUGUCUUUGAUGGAUUCGCCGAGCUGGAGGCUAAUGCUCGGCGUUCUCUCAAUUCCUUCGAUGGUUUAUUUCUUGUUGGCUGUUUUUUUCUUACCAGAGUCUCCUAGAUGGCUUGUUAGUAAAGGGAGGAUGAAAGAAGCCAAGAAAGUUCUACAAAAGAUUCGCGGCCGCGAAGAUGUUUCGGCUGAAAUGGCGUUGUUGCUCGAGGGUUUGGAUGUUGGAGGCGAGACAUCGAUCGAGGAGUACAUAAUUGGGCCCGAUAACGACGCGAUGGGCCACCGCGAUCAUGCGGUAGACAAGGAUCGAAUCAAGUUAUACGGCACCGAGGAAGGACAAUCUUGGAUAGCGAAACCGGUUAGGGGACCGAGCAUGCUAAGUAUGGCCUCCCGGCACGGGAGCAUGCUAAUGGAUCCGAUGGUGACUCUCUUCGGAAGCGUUCACGAGAAGCUUCCGGAGACGGGAAGCAUGAGGAGCAUGCUCUUCUCGAACUUCGGCAGCAUGUUUAACGUAGCCGCGGAUCAUGCACGAAACGAGCAAUGGGACGAGGAAAGCCUCCAACGGGAAGGCGACGACGUGUCCGAUGGCUCGGGUGCUGAAUCCGACGACAAUCUUCGUAGCCCUUUGAUCACUCGUCAGGACACAAAUGCGGAAAAAGACGGUGGUCAUGUUGUCCCCGGCGAACAAGUUAGUAUGGGAAUCGGAGGCGGUUGGCAAUUGGCGUACCGGAAAGAUGAAAUGAGCUCGAGCGGCCUUAAGAGGAUCUACUUGCACGAGGAGGGCGUGGGCGGCGCAGGAUCGAGACACGGCUCCGUUCUUUCGAUUCCCGGAGGUGAUGCUCCGAUCGAUAGCGAUUUUGUCCAUGCGGCCGCGCUCGUUAACCGCUCCGUUCUUCGUGUGGACGACCUCGUUGAUCACGAAUCCAUCGGUAAGGCUACGGAUAAGCAACUCGAAUCCGUGGCGAAGGGCCCGAGCUGGAGGGAUCUUUUCGAACCCGGAGUUAGACAUGCUCUUGUUGUAGGCGUUGGGAUUCAGAUUCUCCAACAGUUUUCGGGGAUCAACGGCGUUCUGUACUACACUCCUCAAAUAUUGGAACAAGCCGGAGUCGGAGUUCUCCUGUCGAAUUUGGGCAUCGGUUCCGACUCUGCGUCGUUUCUUAUCAGCAGUCUUACGACGUUGUUGAUGCUUCCAAGCAUCGGCGUCGCAAUGCGGCUCAUGGAUGUUGCCGGUAGACGGUGGCUGUUGUUGUCGACAUUGCCGGUUCUAUUGGCGUCACUCGUGCUUCUAGUGCUCGGCAAUGUCGUCGAUUUGGGAUCGGUGGCGCACGCAAUUAUCUCGACGGUGAGCGUAAUCGUGUACUUCUGCUGUUUCGUGAUGGGGUUCGGGCCGAUCCCGAACAUCCUCUGUUCGGAGAUCUUCCCGACUCGGGUGCGCGGGCUAUGCAUCGCGAUAUGCGCUCUGACAUUCUGGAUCGGAGACAUCAUUGUGACGUAUACGCUGCCGGUGAUGCUGAACUCGAUCGGGCUCGGCGGCGUAUUCUCAAUAUACGCAGUUGUGUGCACGGUGGCUUGGUUCUUCGUGUUCGCAAAGGUGCCGGAGACGAAGGGGAUGCCGCUGGAGGUGAUCACGGAGUUCUUUGCUGUGGGCGCUGGUGCAGGUGCACCAGCAAAGCACACUACUGCAGAGAACUAACUGUAGAGGCUGAGACAGGCCAAAAGGGAAAGGAAAGGGUCCCCUGUUUUGUUUUGUUUUUUUUUUUUUUUACAAAACGUUUUUUUUUUUUUUUUUGUUUUGAUCGGAUAUUACAAGACGUUGUUGAUCGAAGAUUUAUUGUGUUUUGUGGAUGUUUAUUGUUCGUGUCUUCGGUUAAUUGACUUUGUUCUUUAUUUAUUUUAUUUUUUUAAUAACGUGAUAUUCGCAA